AUGUACAACGCUGAUCUCGGCAGAAAUCAGUCUUUCAAAGAAUUCUGCAAAGAAUUCUGUCAGGCUAACGAGCCCGUAAAGAUGUUCUAUCCAAAUUUCUUCGGCGUCGAAGUGAAAGAGAAUGGCGAGCUCAAAUCAGCUACUGUGAUAGCGUUGGCAUUCCGAGCUGGAAAGCAUCGCUCUUGGACAACUGAAAUGGUAAAAAAGUGGGAAUUAAACAUUGAAAACUACUUUGCAAGCCAAUACGAAGCACAACUAGUGGAAGUGAACGUCGUCUCGAUGUCAAUCGUCGAAAAUGGUUUGUUAUAA